AUGGCGGAAGAAGAGAAGCCAACUCCACCGGAACUUCCUCUUCCUUCUCCGCAUCAAUCUCCAUCACAACCCGAACAUCCGCCGCCGGAAACGUCUACUCCUCCGGCUAAUUUCGAUCCUAGUCGAAUGAUUGGAAUCAUCAAAAGGAAGGCUUUGAUCAAGGAUUUAGCUGCAGCUUACCACACGGAGUGUGUUGCUUAUUGCCGAGAACUUCUGGAGCUCCAAAAGAGAAAGGAAGAGCCGUUUCUGGACACAAAAGCUCAAGAUGAUCUGAGAAAAGAGACGUUGAGGUCUUCUUCCAAACGAGCUAAGAAAAUUAAAAGAUAA